AAGGAAGCGAAGAGGAAAACAGUGGCAGUGUGGGAGAGAGAGGGCAGAAGUUGGAUGACGCUUUUCUUUGUCGCCGUGUCUCCGUGGGAAUGAACAUCGAACCAGCUCGUCCACGAUCCGUGAAAUCGCAGAGUCUGUCGCCAUUUCGCGUCUGAGUAACUCUUCUUUAUUUCGUCUUUCAAAACGGUCCCAUCAGAAGCUUGUGGCCACGACGAUGAUGAUGGAGGAGUCGGUGUCCACGUUUGAGACGCAUCUGACGGCCGUCAUGGACAGUCUGAUCCGAGCCUCGGUCUGCGAGAUCACCAAACUCUUCCAGGAGUCCGUGAACGACUACCUGGUGGAGCUGUCCCUCAACAGGAGGGAGAACGAGUCUCUCAAGCUGCGGCUGAGGCUCACCGAGAACAAGCUGAGAGCCGAGCGCAAGUACGGGCUCGGCUGGGCUGCGAACCGCCGCAACGCCGGGCUGUCUGCUGCGGAGGGAGCAGGAGGAGGAGGAGGAGGAGGAGGAGGAGGGCGGCACAAACGAAAAGUUGAGGUGGCCCGAGGCAAGUCAAAGAAGGGCCCAGCAGCAGCCUAUGGCAAAGGCUGGCCUGGAGGUGUGUGGGAGGAUGGAGGAGGUGGCUGUGCUGAUAGUGAUGGAGGAGUAGGAGGAGGAGGAGGGGGAGGAGGAGCUGUGGGGAUGGUAGCAGGAGGAAGAGGGGGGAAGGAGGCCAGGGAGAUGUACCUCAUCCAGUUCCCCAGGGAUGAAGAGGAUGAGGGAGGGAUGGUGGAGGACGAUGGAGGGGAGGGCACCCUCAGCGGUGAGGGGGAGGAGACGGCCAACAUCAAAGAGGAGUUUAGUCAAACAGAAGGCUAUCAGCCUGCUUCUCUCCGACUUAUCAAAGAGGCUUUGAAUAUGGAUCUGCCCAACAAGAACCAGCGCAGUGUCUCCAGAGUCCAAAGCGAAGGUGACCUGUCAGAUCAUCCACCAACCCUUCAUCCGAGUGAUAGAGACGAAGAGGACUGGGAGGUGGGCUCAGUGGAGCCAUCAGAAGGAGGAAUGACCAUGGAUGAGCUCAGGGGUCUAGAGUCAGCCCUGAGAGCUGAGAGAGGCCGUGAGGAGGCCUCCAUGAAAUCCUCCCAGCCUGUCAGCCCUGAAUCAGAUGGAACGCCAGGCAGCGAGAUCAGCCUGGCUCCAAAAUACAUUGGUCUUGAUGGAAUGGAGCAGGAGGGGGAGCUGGAGCCUCAGCCCCCCACACUGCAGAGGGAAGAGCAGGUGGAGCAGGGCCAGUUAAAGGACAGUGUGAGUGCUGGAGAGGAUUCAAAGUCGGGCUAUUCGAAGAAGUCUAGAGAGGGUGACUCGGCCGGGGUCAUGAAAGAAGAGGAUGUGAUGGAGCUUGGAGAGUCUGAGCACCCACCCCACCUUUCUGCUCCAGGGAGUGUCGGAGAGAGCGGUGGGGAGGAGGAAGGAGGUGGGGACCUGCUUCACUUCUGCCCACAAUGUGGAGGAGGCUUCACGUCUGAGGCUGAGCUGGAUGACCACCCCUGUCCACUAGGGGGCUCUCAACAUCAGAGCAGUGGAAGCGAGGAUGGUCUGUAUCCCUGUGCUCACUGCGGAAACACGUUCAGCCAUUCCUGGGCGCUGAAGAACCAUGAGUGCGCGUGUGCAGCCGAGCGUCCACAUUGCUGCGAGAUCUGUGGGAAGCGCUUCACCCACUCGCGCUCGUUGGAACGCCAUCAUCUGGUGCACACAGGCGAGCGGCCACACAGGUGCCCUCAGUGUGGACGCAGCUUCAGUCGACUCGGCAACUUGGAGCGCCACCAGCGAAUCCACACAGGUGAACGUCCAUACGGUUGUGAAGCGUGUGGGAAGCGGUUCAGUCGGGUGGAGUACUUAAAGAGACACCAACUCAUACACAACAGUGAAAAGAUGACACUUCAGUGCUCCAACUGUGGGAGCGGCUUCAGUGACGUGGAGCAACUGAAAAACCACCGCUGUUUUUAAGGCCCGGCCUUCAGAUCCCUGACUGAACUGGAAACAGAAAGUGUUUCAUUGAAUGUGGUAGAACUAAUGUGAUGAAUAUGAUUGGUAGAUGCUCAUGUUAUUCUCAGUGAUUUGGAAUUUCCCUUUUUUACACACUUAAUAAAUAAAGAAGGCAUAUGUCCAAAGUUUGACAGGAAGUCAGUUGUAUGGAAUGUUAGGAGGAGAAACAAAAUCAAUCUCAGAUGUGCAGCCAUUUUUGUCGGAGUGUUCUCAUUUGUGUGUACAAAGUUACCUUUUAAUUAUUUAUGAUUAUAUUGUACAUUUUUCUCUUUUUAUCAAUAACUCAAUCGUGCUAAAGCCAAUGCCCUCAUUUCUUUCCUGAAAAUGUAAUUGACAGCUUGGUAUUUUGUAUGUCUGUGUUUUGGUCACAUGAAGAAAUAAACAAAUCAAUUUUUCUGAA